CCAACAUUUUUUUUUUUGAACCAGAAGAGCAAUGAUCCACGGCCAUCGCUGCCACCUUCGUCAUCAUUCGGGUACCCACCUCGCCCCUGUCCUUCCGGGUACCUCCGCGUGCGUUAAGCUGCGCCGUUUCAUCCGCUCCCAGCUGCUGGUGGACCAGGAUCAUCCGGAAACGAGAAACUAUCUCAAGAGCAACGCCCAGAUUUGCAACGAAAACAAACGUCAGGUGAGCCGUUUCCCACCGUACGUUAUCCAUCCGUUCAGUCGCUUCCGGAAGCACUGGGACCUGGUCAUCUUUGUGGCACUGGCUUCACACAUGCUGCUGCUGGCGUAUGAUUUCUCUUUUUUGAUAUUCCGGCCGGAAAGUUCCUACCGGGGGGCGAUCGUGUUCGAUCUGUUCCUGUGUGCCAUCCUGGCGGCGGAGAUCGGUUUGAGGUUUGUGACCGGAUACGUCGUACAAGAUACCAACGAAAUCGUACUGGAGCCACACCGGAUUGCGAUGAAUUACCUGAAGUCUUACCGGUUGGUGUACAACUUGCUUGCGGUGCUGCCAUACAUUGUCCUGUUGGAUUACUUCAACCGAGGGUAUUAUCAGUACGAGGUCACUACGUAUUUGCUGUUUGUCACCUACUUGUAUGUGAUUAACAUUUUCCGGUUCCGGGAGAUUUUUGCCUACUUUCAGACACUACCAAGAAUGUUCCAGAUUAGUGAGAAGAAAAUAUUGGUGAUGAAGGUGGUGAUGAACACCAUCUACGUGCUUCACUGGAGUGCCUGCUUGCGGUACAUCCUGCCGGAGCUGUCCGUCGUACCGGAACCUAGGUCGGAAGAUAUCCUAUCACUAGGAAAUCCGCUGCUGCGUACCGACAACUUCUCGGUGGGACACUUUCUGGUCGAUGUACAUUGGCGUCAUUUUCGGAACGCGAAUUUUCCCGACUACCCGGUGCAAGGGGAGCGUAUUAUCAUCGAGCCACCGAUGUACUCCGAGUAUCUGCAGUUCUAUUACUUUAACCGUCCGGCGGAUGAGCGGCUGUACGACCGAGACUUCGUCCUGAUGAAGCUGGACAGCAUACGGAAGAAUGCGACAGUGGCGAAUCGGUAUCUUGUUAGUUUGAUGGCCACGAUAAAGCUCAGUCUACAAGCGGGAAGAGACGACAGCGCUGGUAUGCAUUUCAUCAUCACCGCAUUGUCGACAUUUCUACUCGUGGGAGGAUGGAUUUGGUUCACGUAUAUUACUUUGAUUAUGGUUCGAAUUCUCUCCUCCUCGGAAGUGUGUCAAACUAGGUUCGAAGAGUUGGUCAACGAAAUAAAAGCCUAUGCGUUCAACAAACGACUGAGUUCGUUUCGGGAGAAAAAAAUGCUACAACACUUGGAUUAUCGAUACAGAAAGAAUUACUUCGACGAAAAAGCGAUCGUGCGAAUUCUGCCGGAUAAUUUCCGGAGAAACAUUCGAAUGGAAGUUCGUCGAAAGUUUCUGAAGAACAUUGAACUUUUCGAAGAUUUGCCGCAAGAGCUGAUCGAGGACAUAGUGGAUUGUUUGAAGUACGAAAUUUACCUGGAAAACGAUAUGAUCAUCGAGGCAGGUUCCAUUGGAGAUUCUUUGUACUUGUUGGCAAGCGGAACUGCGGCUGUUUAUUCCCGACUGGGCACGGAACUCGGCCAUUUGUUCGACGGGGCUCAUUUCGGUGAGAUUUCGCUACUACGAUCGGAUCAUGAAAGGAGUGCCACCAUCAUCGCACUGGAGGACUGCGAAGUGUACAGGCUGACAUACGAGAGUUUUCAGCAGUUGAUUGAACCCAACUCGCCAUUGCUGCUGAGAAUGCACAAACUGGCAGAGAGAAAACUGGCGAAAGAGACCAGAUUCGGGGGGAAUGUAUCCGAGGAAGAGAUGUACGACAAUUUUUUGCAGUGAAGAACUUUACUUUAGCAUUA